GUCCUGGAAUAAUUUUAUUUUCCAAUGCAGACGAAUGACAGAACGAAUGAAUGAGUACAGUGAGGUGAUGAUAAUACAGUCAUUGUGAAUAUUGCUUCCUUUAUGUGAACUUUAAUGAUGUACGUAUUUUUUUUAAUUGGAUUAAUUAUUCAAAAAUACGCUCAUUUGUUUUUGUGUAAAAAUAUGUUUUAGACGGGUGUAGAGACUAGAGAGGGCGGAUCUUUCUGACUAUUUUUGAGAAAAAUCAUUGAUUGAUCUCAGAUCUGACAGGUUCGGUGUUGAAUCAUCAACAGUUCGAUCAAACUUUAAAAAGUACAGUGAAUGAAGGAAAUGCCAAUAAAGACAAUGAUGAAUAAAUUCACUUUGAGGUGUAACAAGGUGCAUUGUGUAUUAGAGGCUUCUAGUCAAUGGCGUCAUUAGAUGAUACAAGCUCACACCAUAUUUUAUCAUGGAGAGCAAUGAAGAUGCUCCCACAAUCCCAACGGAAAACCAAACGUCCACACCUAUCCCCCACAAACCGCCGACGAUGAACAACAACGAAGAACCGACGGAGAAAAUAAAUGUAGAUGAAGAUGUCCCCGUGGAGGAAGAUCUUUUGGCUAAACUGGAGGAAGCCAAUCGGAAGCUUGAAGAAGAUGAAAAAUCCUUCAACUCACUAUCAGCUUUACCACCUACUCCAGGACAUUCACGAAAAGGGUCCGGUUCGAGUGUCAUCUCCACAACAUCAUCAAACAGUUAUUAUAGUAACCAGUUAUCAUGUGAAGAUGAUAAUUUAAGUACUAAUACAGUGAAUCCAUCAGAAACAUUAUGGGAUGUUUGGGGUAGACUGGUCAAUGAUUGGGACACAGUGCGUAGAAGAACAGGGUAUUUAAAGAAUAAACAAUUAAAACCUGCUGGUGAAUUGGUAAGGAAAGGAAUACCAAGUCAUUUUCGAGGUUUAGCAUGGCAGUAUUUACUUAAUGUACAUGAUUCUCCGUCUAAACAUCUCUAUGUUGAAUACUUAAAGAAGACAUCUCCAUUUGAGAAACUCAUCCGUCGAGAUAUCGCCAGAACUUUUCCAGAUCAUGAUUUUUUUAAAGAGAAGGAUGGGUUAGGACAAGAAAGUUUAUUUAAUGUUAUGAAGGCGUAUUCUUUGCAUGAUAGAGAAGUUGGUUAUUGUCAAGGCAGUGGUUUUAUUGUUGGUCUCUUACUGAUGCAGAUGCCAGAAGAAGAGACAUUUGCUGUGUUAGUUAAAUUAAUGGUGGAUUAUCGUCUGCGUGAAUUAUUUAAACCUAGUAUGGCUGAAUUAGGAUUGUGUAUGUUCAAACUGGAAUGUCUCAUUCAGGAAUUAUUACCUGAGUUACAGGUCCAUUUUAAUGCUCAGAAUUUUUAUACAUCAAUGUAUGCAUCAUCAUGGUUUCUGACGUUAUAUACCACAUCAUUUCCUCUGGCCAUGGCAUGUCGUAUUAUGGAUUUAUUUAUAUCUGAGGGAAUGGAUGCUAUAUUUCGUAUAGCUAUAGCCAUACUACAGACUAGUCAAGAAGCAUUAUUAGCACUAGAUAUGGAGGGAAUGUUACGUUAUUUUCAGAAAGAUCUUCGAACUAAGUUUGAACAAGAUCCAGAACAGUUACUUCAGAUAUCAUAUAAUGUUAAAUAUAGCAGUAAAAAACUUAAAAAGUAAG